UCCGCUUUGCCUGGAUUGCAGAACAAGAUGAACGACAUCACAAGACGACUGGAAAGCAAACUGGGGCCUGAUACUUCCAAUCUCAAGAUGCGGUUUGGAUUGCACAGUGGUCCGGUGACUGCUGGGGUGCUACGAGGGGACAGGGCGCGCUUCCAGCUUUUUGGUGACACUGUCAACACUGCCUCUCUAUGGAAUCCACGGAGUGAAGAACAGAUCCAGGUUUCAGAGCCACUGCCUACUUCUCCGAAAGGCCACGAGGAUUGGUUGAUACCUCGAGAAGAUGAGGUCAACGCAAAAGGAAAAGGUGUCAUAAAGACUUACUGGCUUGUUCUCUAUUCAAAGCAAGGCUCCAGUCAAGGGGACGCUUCGGAGUGUCGGUCCUCUAGAAGCGUGAGCGGGUCCGAUGACUCCCCAUCUCCUGAUUUAUCUGACCCAGAGCGCACUAUUGACCAAAGCCUUGUCAACGCCCGUGGUACCUCCAAGACCAAGCAAAGAAAAGUAGCACCUUCCUACUUCCCACCACAAGGGCAGACAUGCAUUGCCUUUUCUUCUUUUCAUCCACCACAGCAUGCCUGCCAUGUUUGCAUGAGCGUCAAGAAGUUGCUGAACCGCAUUGUGUCAGUGUUAUCUGACGAUGAUGCUGACAACUCCACAAGCAAUCCAACUGCCAAGAAAGUUGCAAUGCAACAGCUGUACGACUUAACACAUGGUCUGAGUACAGACCCCAUGGCCGCAUUUGCGAUGACAUUUUCAGGCUUGAUCCAUGAUGUGGACCACCGUGGUGUCUCCAAUACGCAGCUUUCUGUAGAAGAACCUAGGCUGGCUUCAAAGUACAGCAACCAGAGCAUUGCUGAACAGAAUUCACUGGAUAUGGCAUGGGAUGUGUUGAUGGAGGACUGUUACUCUAAUCUUCGGCUCUGUCUUUUCACUAGCCAAGAUGAACUUGUACGAUUCCGUCAGCUCAUUGUGAACGUUGUGCUAGCUACCGACAUCUUUGAUAAGGAAUUGAACGACUUGCGCAAGAGACGAUGGGCGCAGGCCUUUUCUGGUGAGGCAGUUGUUGGCAAGAAUAGCGAUCAUGAGAGGGUUGGAGCUGCUGAAGAUAGUGACAGACGAGCCACGAUUGUUAUUGAGCACAUUAUCCAAGCUUCUGAUGUGUCUCACACAAUGCAGCACUGGCAUGUGUACCAGAAAUGGAACAAAUGCUUGUUCUUGGAGAUGACGGCAGCCUUCCAUGCUGGGCGUUUUGCCAAGAAUCCUGCUGAUUUUUGGUAUAAAGGUGAGAUUGGCUUCUUUGACAACUACAUCAUUCCUCUUGCAAAGAAGCUGGAAGACUGCGGUGUCUUUGGAGUCAGCAGUGAUGAGUACCUGAACUAUGCUCUCAAGAAUCGCGAAGAAUGGGCGGAGCGUGGAAGAGAUAUUGUUGCCAGCUGGGUUGCGGAAGAAAAUUCAUCAUCAUUGCAGCAUGUUCCAAGCAGUAUGUUGGUGGAUUCACGGGAAGUGCAACCAAAAAGUUUCAUUGGAGACGAAUCUGGGCUUGAGACCGGCAUCAGUAGUUGUGACGAAGAAGAGUCCUCGGGGUCCCCGAAAACGAUCCAGAAGGAACCAGUGUACAUUGACUGUUAG